AUGAAUCAUACUCUUAACAUUCAAUUCAAGAUUCAUUACCAAACUUACUAUUCUUAUUCCCUUUACAUCUCGGGAAGCUCCAAAGAGCUUGGAUGUUGGGAUCCUAAUUAAGCCAUCCGCCUGAAUUGGGUUCAAGGAAAUUGGUGGACCACUAGCGCAAUUACAAUCUCAGAAGGAUCACAUGACUAUAAAUAUUUUGUUGCAAAAUAUGACAAUCCUACUUAGGACAUGAAGUGGGAAUAGGGCCCAAAUAGAUCAAUCAACACUAAAGGCUAUCAAAAGAAAAAUAUAGAGAUAAGUGACGUUUGGGAAUACAAAAAAGUUAUUUUGCGUCUCUUUGAAAGCACUAGAAUUAUUUCAUGCGAUUCUCCCAACUGCAUAUCAUAAAAGUGUCCUUAAUUAUAAAAAUCCUUAUCUACACCUCCAAAGUUAAACAAUCAUAAUUCUUAGGAUUCAAAACAAAGUUUGAUUGAUAAUUAGCUUGUCGUUUAGUAAUCACGUGAACAUAGCUCCUCGAUUUCUUCUAAUUCCACCUAAGCCAGCGAAGAAAGCAGCGGUUCUCCAGGUACACCUGAAAAAUUUGGAAGCAGUGGCAAUCUCAUUAAGGAGCGCUAUUAUGUAACUGCAAACAUCGAGUCAAUGGGAAACAUGAUUAAGCUUUAGAAAAUGAAAAAAUACACUUAUAGAUCAUAAGCUAAUACAGCUUCUAAUUGCUCAGAAUAAAAGGAAAUAGUUUUUUGGGAAAAACAAUUUUUAGUGAAAGCAAGUCAGUAAAAUUUGAAAUAUAAGUACGCUUACAAAAGCGAAGCAUAAUAUAAUGAUUAAAUGGAAAGAAAAUCCCAUAAAAUAAAUUUCUCUAAAAAUGAUGUUGAUUAUUAAGGAGCAUUCUGUAUUAAUGACAAAUGGCAAAUGAACUAAUUCAACUUUGACAAGAUCACUGACAAUAUUAGUUUAGGACCUUACCCUGAAAAUUAAGAGCAAAUUAAAAUGCUUGCUUAAUCUGGAGUUAAGGCUGUUUUCAAUCUUCAAACAGAACAAGACAUGGAAUAUCAUGGAACAAACUGGGAAAGUAUUAAAAAGCUUUACUCUAGCAAUGGAAUUAAAGUCAUUCAUUACCCUGUUACUGAUAUGGACGUUCAUGACAUGGCUUACAAACUCCAUGAUGCAGUCGAUAAAUUCGCAAUGGCCAUCGAAAAAUGGAACCACGUUUACAUUCAUUGCACAUCAGGUAUAUACAGAUCUCCUUAGGUUAUUGUGGCAUAUUUGAAUCUCUAUCACGAAAUAGAUGUCAAUAAAGCCAUCUCACAAGUUGAAUCAAAAAGACCUAUCACAAAGAAAAACAGAGAUUAUCUUCGUCAAGUGUAUGCUAUUAAAGGAGGAUAUGGAAAGAUCAUCAGAUAAAUAAACUGCCAAAUACUUGAAGAAAGUAAUAGAAAAAGCAAAAGUCCUUCAACUAACUAAUUCUCUCCUUUACUCAAAAUAGAUCCAAAAGUCUCAAAGGUACAUCAUAACCUCUAAAAGCUUUCUAAAGCCAGCUCUGUUCAAAUUGAAUCCAAUGAGAAAAUAUGCUAACACAAUUCUUCUAACAAAUAAGUAGAACAAAAUAUCAAAUCGCAUCAUAAUGUGCAGUAAUAAUAUUUUAAAUAAUAACAAAAACAGUAAAACAUCUUCCACUAGCAAUAUUAAUAGUAAAUGCUUUUAUAACAGCACUACUACUCACUCGAGGAAAUACAAACCAUCAGAAGAAAAUAUUUAAAGCAGUAAUAGAAAGCAUCACUCUCCUCCUUAAGUAUCCACUUUUAAAAUAUAAAUAAAGAAAGCUAAGCAUUAAGAGACAUUAGCUUCUGGGAUAAAUAGCCCAUCUAAAAAGAACUGUCAAGAAGAAGACACUCUUUAAUAAAUUCUUUUUAAUAUGAAAGCAAUUCUCCCUAAAUAUGGGCAUGA